AUGUAUGUCAAAGGAAUUGUCGAUGAAGAACAACGACGAAAUCAAACAUUUUCAUCAAUUUUUGUGAUGACUGACGAUGUGUCAGUAAUGAAAUCACUGCAAGAUUAUGCUAAUCCGCGGUCAAAAGGCAUUGACGAGCCAUAUGCUAGACAAUAUUUACGUGGACGACAAAUUAUGUACAAUGUUUUCGCUCCGCAAGCCUGCUUCGAUCCAUUUAUUCGGAUUGGAUUUGAGCAAUUUCUGGUUUCCUUAGAGUUUCUCGUUCAAUAUGCAAAACUUAUUGUUGGUCAUUCGGACUCAAACGUCGGGCGAUACCUCGAAGAACUCAUGUAUGCUCGCCAUCAACUGAAUGUCUCUGUUCGGACUCAUUCGCUUGUGAGAGAUGCACCAAAUUCUCUCUAG